AUGUUAGAUUUAUCCCCUAAUACCUUCCAGUGUGAGAGGGAAUAUCAUAUUAGCCGUUCGAGGGAACAUAAGAAGAUUGAUCUGAAGGAGUUGCCAAUUCGCAAUUGGUUCUAUAGUGUGGACUGUGGAAUACUUAAUUUGGUUCUUGAGAGAUUGGUGGCAUGUGGGCCCGUGAAGGUCCCUAAUUCUCUUAUGGGUUUAAUAACGGAGAAGUCGAUGGUCUAUAAUGCGAACAGAAUCAGCUAUUCCGAUGUGAAGUGGAUUGUUUUGCGUGGGAAAGAAGUUUCUAAUGAGAACAAAGUGUUGUUUUCACAAGCUAUUGGUAUCUUUCAUGCAGAUAAUGGGCGAUUCCGACUUCACACGAGUACAUUGUGCUAUGUUGACAAUGCAUGUAAAUUGUGCGGGUCAACAGUUGUUACAACCGGAAUGUUUCAUGUAUUUGGGGAAAAUGUUGCAGAGCUUCCAAUAGUUGAUACUAAUGAAACCAACCAAGGAAAGGUACUUCAAUUAUUCUUCAACUGCUUUGAGAAGCUACUCAGGUAUCUUAAGGUUAAGAAUAUGGUGGUUCUUGCUGCCGAGGAUGUUAAAUCCAUGUUGAUUUAG